UUCCCGUAGUCUUUACUCUGGAGAAAGGGGGAAAGUAGGGGAGGAGAAACACGCGCCGGUAGUGGGAUGGACGGGAAAGCGUGGAGUCCGCUUGCGCUUAUUUGAGCUGACAGAGACGAGACGAGCGCAUCCCAACACGAGAGCUCUGAACACUUCUUCACCUAUGAAUGAAUGACGGGUCGCUCUCCUUAGACGACACCCCCCCCAAAAAAACCCGACCUCAUUCAUCAGCUUAAAUAACGACUGGACACUGAGUUCGGGAUAUUUGGGACUUUCUACAGCGUCUCAGCGGCGAUCUUAAGAUUUAUCGAGCAUCUGGACACGUCGCUAAGGAAACCAUGGAGACGGAAUCGUCCCAGUUAGGGAGUAAUGGAGCGAAUGAAAGUGAGCUUCUACCGGUGGACUAUGCAGGAGGAGAGAUGCCAGCUUCUAUCGGUUCAAGAAGAGGGUCCAGCGUGAAGAAACAUCACCACAAACACAACCUGAAGCACCGUUACGAGCUGCUCGAGACCCUCGGGAGAGGGACAUAUGGAAAAGUGAAAAAAGCCAUAGAGAGGCACACUGGACGAGUGGUGGCGAUAAAAUCCAUCCGUAAGGAGAAGAUUAAAGAUGAACAAGACAUGGUGCAUAUCCGCAGAGAGAUCGAAAUCAUGUCUUCUCUCCGCCAUCCACACAUCAUCUCUAUAUACGAAGUUUUCGAGAAUAAGGAUAAGAUUGUGAUCGUGAUGGAAUAUGCCAGUAAGGGCGAGCUGUACGAAUACAUCAGUGAGCGCCGAAGGCUCGGUGAAAGGGAGACGAGACACUUCUUCAGACAGAUCGUCUCUGCUGUCCAUUACUGCCACAAGAGCGGAGUAGUGCACCGAGAUCUCAAGCUGGAAAACAUUCUCCUAGAUGACAACGGUAACAUUAAGAUUGCAGAUUUCGGUUUGUCCAACCUCUACCACAAGGACAAGCUUCUUCAAACGUUCUGCGGCAGCCCGCUCUAUGCCUCCCCUGAGAUCGUGAACGGACGACCAUAUAAAGGUCCAGAGGUUGACAGUUGGGCGCUGGGCGUGUUACUCUACACUCUUGUUUACGGAACAAUGCCCUUCGACGGAGGAGACCACCAAAGACUCAUUCGCCAGAUCAGCAAUGGAGAGUACAGGGAACCGCCACAGUCAUCAGAUGCUCGUGGUUUGAUCCGCUGGAUGUUGAUGGUUAAUCCAGAGCGCAGGGCUACAAUCGAGGACAUUGCAAAUCACUGGUGGGUGAACUGGGGCUGGAAGUCCACUGUGUGUGACUGCCAAACACAAAGGGAAAACAGCUCCCCCAUGCUUGCCCGCUUCAUUGACUGGCAGAACCGCACCGAGGUCCGUCCUGGAAAACCCCAGCGCCCAGAGCCUGGUAACACUAAUCUCACUAACACAGCCCGGCGUUUGAGAAAGUCCACGAAGGAGAACGAUAUUGGAAUGUGGGGUGUAGCAGAGGAGAAGCCGGGCCUCAAGAGACCAAAGAGCAUUCUGAAAACUCGGGCGACCAGUGGAGACCAACGAUCUCAGAGUCUGUGUGAACUAGAGCUCAGACGGUCCAUUUGCUACCUAGACGUUGAGUCCGGUUCGAGUCCGGAGCGAGAGGACACUCUGGGUGGCUCGCCAGCCAAAAUGGUGUCCAUGUUACCUAAGAAAGGCAUUCUGAAGAACAAUCAGCAGCGCGAGUCCGGCUAUUACUCCUCACCAGAACGCAGCGAGUCCUCAGAACUGUUAGGCGGCGCUACCGUGCAGCCUCCUAACAGCUCACCCACCAAACGGUCUGUCGGGAGGAAAGGAAUACUGAAGCGUAAUGGGAAAUAUUCCACACACAAUGCGGUGGGAAUCCACGGGGAGGUCCCGGCAGACUCAACCCUCUCACGGAGCCAAAGCAGACCCUCUAGCAUUGUGUACGAGGAGACGGGUCUCUCCAGCAUGGGCUUGGACUGGCCCCCCGCCUCUCCCAAGCCCAACAUCCGUGGCUCACUGUCUGCCGAAGACUUGCUGCAGAUGGCUGGAUACAGGGGCCUUCAGACCGUUGCGCCCCUUCCCAGCGGAAAGGGUGCGCGAAGCCCUCCCGGAUCCCCUGGAGACAACGGCAGCUUCUCGUUGCUGGCCGAUCUGGAUGAUGUUACCCAGGUGUACCAGAAAGCCCUGGACAUCAGCAGCCAGCUGAGCUAGACUUGGACAAAAAAGCUGAAGAGUAAAGGAUUCCCAGCUUGUCCUUCUCUUCACAGUGCUACUAUGUAAACGUUUACAGGUCGAGAAGCGGGACAUUUCAAAUCUCCAUUCACCAACUCGUGUUGAUGAGCAUUUCUCAUGAUAUUCUCGUUUUAAACUCGACAGUUGAGGGGGAACAACGGAAGCACUUUAAAGCGGCUGUUCUGCAGCAUGUAAUGUUCAUGAGAGCUGGGACCGUGUUAUUUAAGUUAUUUAUCUGUCAUUGGUGUUUUGGCCAUUUGAAAAUGCCAAGGCCAUUUCAUAGUCCUUGGGAGAGUGUUUUCAUUGAUACAGGUGUUAGAUAAAGGCCAUCUGAAAAUAUGUAUAAUAUAUUAUCAUUGUAUAACACCAGCAAUUUCAGUGAUGUAAAUGCACAACAGUCCAUCAGUGAUGCUAAGACUUGAGAAGCCAAGACUACGAAUUUGGAAGGGUUACUGUUAUUUAUACAUAAAUAAUAGUAGCACUAUAUUUUACAGUCCUGUUUCCUAUAUACAGUACAUACUAUGUACUUAUUAUAGUAAUUACAAUAACUGGGUAAUAAUUAGGUACUAACCCUUAAACCUAACCUUAACCCAUUUAGUUACCUUUUAGUACUUUCUUAGUACGUGUACUGUAAAAUGAAGUGCAACUGAAAAAGAACAUAGUGUUUUGACAACAUUUACAAAAAGUAACAAAAGGUACUACGGUACUACAAUGGUAUUCUUGAAACCCUCUGUUAGUAUAAAACUACCAGUUAAUUUAGGCAGCCCUAAAAUACUAUAAACAAGAAUAUAAUGAUAAUUUUAUACUAGGUCAUAUCAAAGUACCGUAUUAUAAUUUGAUGCCAUCACUUUACCAUGGUACUUACUUUUUUUUGCAAAUGUUGCAUUGCAUUGCAAAUGUUGACAUAUCUCUGAGAACAGUUAGUGAGCAACUAGUGGAACACAAAGCAUAUGAAAGGGCAAAGGUUGUAUCAGUGUUAUGAUACCAUACAUUCCCAUUCUCUAUUACAAGCGUGUGUGUGACACACACGCACACAAUUAUAUGAGCCCCCUGAAGCAUGAAAGUGUGGAAGGACAAGUUUUGACCUAUGGUGUAGUUGUGGUCCAGAAAUGACCUGCAUUUCAACAACACAUGGCAUUUAAGACAGGAAAAGAGAUGUCAGACUGUUCUUUUCAUAAGGUGGAGUGUUAAAAGACAUAUUGAAGGGAGUAGAUUAUGAAAACAAAGAUUAAGAAUAAAAAGGUUUCUUUUAAAAAAUGGGAAUCAAAAGGUCGCUUUUUGAACUGUAAAAUCUUCAGGAAGUAGUAUAUUGUGCAUGUGUUUUUUUUGUUCAACAUUCAAUGGCAUGCCAAGAUAAACUGAACAUAUAACAUGCCAUUUUCCCUCUAUUUUCUUGUUUGUUUUUGGUUGUAAUUGGUUGUUUAAUUUCUACACUUGCUCACACAGGCUUAAUUUCAAAAUAUUGGUUUCUUGAGGCAUUUUUACUGCAGGUUAAGUAUGAACAACAGCUUUAAACUAUGUGCUUAAUAUUAAAAUCUUAAGUGUUAAGAUAUUCAAGGCAUUUCUUUCAACCUAAGUAUCAAUGUGGCAGUUUUAUAUGAAGUACAGUAUAACCAUUUACAUAUAUAACAUUAACUGGAAAAAUAAUUGUAUCCUAUAGGAUAUCUGUUAUAGGCCAUUUAGAAAACUUGACUGGAUAUACUACAUAUUUAAAUUGUGUUAUUUAAUGCGUAUUGUAUUAUUGUACAUUGUCAUGGCUAUUUGUUAUUCUGUACCAUUUUUUUUUUUCAACUUUGACUUACGAUUGUCUUGAUUUGUGCCUUCAUUGACAUAAGAUUGUCCUAAAAUGUUAAAGUUAUUCUCAGUUUAAAUAAUUUGUGACAUUGUUUUUUAAAGAUUGUCUGUAUGGUUUGUUAUGCGCACAGUUAGGUGGUGUAUUAAGCCGUACUGUGCUGUUUGUGCUCAGUGCAAAACAGUCACUUCUUUUAAUAAAUGUCUCGAUCUAAA